AUGGGGCCGUCAGAGAGCUCACAGCCUUCGGCGGGUCUCAGCCCUAGAUUAGGAGGUCGAUACGGCGGCCCAUUGGCCGCGGCGGUCCACGCGGCGGCCACCCCCUUCUCCGUCAAGGACAUCCUGAACCUGGCGGCGGCCAACGAGCAGCAAGCUGCGAGCCAGUUCUUCCCCGUCAUGGACGUCAGCUUCGCCUUCGACGAGUGCUCCGCAGCUGGCACCACCUUCACGGCAAGCAACAACAACAACAUCUUGAACGGCACGCCCGGUUUCUGCGACGGCAACGCCCCUCUCGAUCCGUUCGCUGACCUGUACUACUCCACCGGGUACGCAGGGGGAGGCGCCGGCGGGAAAGUGUCGGUGUCUGUGGAGGGCUUUUGCGGAGGCGGCGGCGACGUGGACCAGUCGCUCACGUCGCCGCACGUGCAGCAGCUGAGCCACCUGUGUCCGCCAUACCCGGAGCAGCAGCCGUCGCACGUGCACCAACAACUGCAGCCACAGCAGCAACACACCCAGCCAGGCGCGGUUGAAAGCGACAAGACGGUGCGAACAGAUUCGAAAAGGAGCCAGACUGGUCAGCAUCGCCAAAGGAUUAAGAGGAAGCCCAGAGUGCUCUUCUCGCAGGCGCAGGUGCACGAGUUGGAGCGACGCUUCAAGCAGCAGCGCUACCUGUCAGCCCAGGAGCGCGAGCACCUGGCGUCGCACCUCAAGCUGACGUCGACGCAGGUGAAGAUCUGGUUCCAGAACCGCCGCUACAAGAACAAGAGGCAGCGGCUCCUGGAGGGCGCCACCGCAGCCGCCGCCGCACAGCAGCAGCAGCAACCGCGGCGCAUCGCGGUUCCGGUGUUGGUGCGCGACGGCAAGCCGUGCGCCACCGAGGAGGAGUCAUUCCUGUGCCACGGCUACCCCACGGCCUCCACCCCCGGCGCUCUGCAGUUCGACCAGCCGCCGCCGCCGUCGCCCCCAGGUCUGGAUGUCUUCAGCCGCCAGGAUGCUGCCCCCUACUGUGCGGUAGUAGACGCCCACCAGCUGAGAGCCUGGUGA